AUGGACACCACCAAACGACCACUCGGUUACUCAGUAAACGCUGUAAAAGAGCGUGCACAAAAGAAUAGAUUUGCUUGUCAACAAAGUCUCCUUAUUGGACUUUUGAACCAUUACGCCAAAAUCACCAUAAAGCGUGCCAAAAAGGCUUCGAUGCGGACAUCGACAAUUCCAGUGGUAACACAAAUAGAAAUCGAAGCUUCCAAGGUCGAUGUGAUUUCAUUAGCCAACGAGAGGAGUGAGAGAAUUAGAGAAAUUGAACUUCAGAAAGGUGUUCCAAGUCAAACAGUUGAACGAAGGUUUAAUAAAAACGUUAGUGCGUUUGUUCAAAACUUUGUCUUCGACACGUGCCUCGAGAUGGGUUUCUUCUUCAACUCAAAACUUUCAAAAAAAUCUAAAAAGUCCCUCCAAAUUGAAAGAAUUGACACUGUCUUUGACGGUGAUCAUAUGAUUGCUGAUAAAGAUAAUAUACUAAAAACAGGAGAAAUUCUCAACAAGCUUUUUACAGAAAAGCUUAACGAUAAAAGAGUUGUUGUGCUUGAAAAGGGUAAUCCAGAAAUUGAAGCGAUUGUGUUCGCUAACGUGUUUUAA